GCCGUUGGACCGCUGCUCACACGCCGACACCGGACUUUAAAAGUUGCCUUACUAACAAGGCAAACCCUCCAGAACCUCCAUGGAACCGAGCCCAGAGUGAGCCAGGCGGGCUGCCGAAGCAGAGGGCGCCGCCAUGAACGACCGGUACCACCGGGCGGCCCGGGACGGCUACCUGGACGUGCUGAAGGAGGCCACACGGAAGGAGCUGAACGCACCGGAUGAGGAUGGGAUGACACCGACCCUAUGGGCCGCGUACCACGGAAACCUGGAGGCCCUGCGGCUCAUCGUGGGGAGAGGAGGCGAUCCGGACAAGUGUGACAUCUGGGGCAACACACCGCUCCACCUGGCAGCUGCCAAUGGCCACCACAACUGCCUGUCCUUCCUGGUGGCUUUCGGUGCCAACGUGUGGUGUCUGGACAACGACUACCACACACCGCUGGACAUGGCCGCCACCAAGGGACACAUGGACUGUGUUCGCUACCUGGACUCCAUCACUGCCAAGCAGAUAACCCUCAACCCAAAGCUGGUCACCAAACUGAAAGAUCGGGCAUUUCGCGCAGCAGAGCACCGGAUCAAAGACUGCGCAAAGCUCCAGAGAAAGCACCGUGAACACAUGGAGAGGAAGUUCAUGAAGGAGUCAGCAGCUUUAGACAACUUUGAUGCUAUCAGCUUUUCUAGCUACACCAGCGGCAGUACACUGAGCCGCAAGUUCAACACCGUCACCUCCAACAUGCCAUACUCGCAGGCCACGCUGCAAUCCACAGCCAAGGGCAAGGCUAAGAUACAGAAGAAGCUCGAGAAGAAGAAGCAGGGUGAUGGAACCUUCAAGAUCUACGAGGACGGGAGGAAAAGUGUGCGCUCGCUGUCCGGUCUGCAGCUUGGCAAUGAUGUCAUGUUCCUUAAACAGGGCACAUACGCCAACCCCAAGGAGCGAUCACGCCUCAACAUCCGGGACAUGUUCGCCCACGACCAUGACGACGACGGCGACACUGUCUCCCGUGCCAUGAGCGACCCAGGCCUCCACGAGACCGCAUAUUCGGAGAUCAGCGCCGACUCAGGACGUGAUUCCCUAUUUACCCGACCUGGGCUUGGCACCAUGGUGUUCAGGAGGAACUAUUUGACUGGAGGAAUGUUUGGUAUCGGUACAAGAGACGAAGGGAGUGUAGCAGGGAGCGAACCUUUGGGCCGGGCACCUAAUGUUCGACUACGAGGACCUCUGCCUCAACGCUCGCCAAGCUUGGAUGAGGACAGUAUUGGCAGUGCCUUGAGCCUGCAAGAAAGGAACCUUCAGGAGUUGCCAUGGGAAGAGACCGACGUUGGGUUGGAUGAGGACUUGGAGCUAGAGAGCAGUCCUCUGGAUACUUUCCUGGCCUCUCAAAGCCUCAGUGAGUUCAUGCCGAUCUUCAGGAGAGAGAAGAUUGACCUGGAGGCUCUGCUGCUUUGUUCUGAUCAUGAUCUCACCAGCAUUCACAUCCCUUUGGGCCCAAGGAAGAAACUUCUGGAAGCCUGCAAGAGACGCCUGGACACCAUAGACGAACCAGAGGCCAUUGAAGACACUUUGCUCUGAAGGAUGAACACACAGUAAAGAUAUUAUGCAUUCACGAGGCUGGCUCCAUGUACAUUUAUCAUGUCCUAAUCCUGUCAGAGUGGAGUCAACAACCUAGACCGAAACUUGGGAAAAAAAGACAUUUCAUAGGAAAGCUUUGCCACAUACAAUAUGAUUACAUGUGAAUGAUUAAUGUAUUACUGAAUGCACAUAACUCUGGAAAAUGUUGUUUAUUAUGUUUUCACUGUACAGUUUUCUUACUUCAAACUACUCCAUGGCACAUACACAAUGGCAACUUAGUACUUAUGGACUAUUUCAAAGACUGCCAUAGUCUGCAGACUCUUUUGCAACAGUAAAGAAAAUGUUAUGUGAGUGUGCGUUAGAUAACACUGUUAUCUCAGGUUGCUCUGGGCGUAUUUCGUUCCUCUGAAGGUCUGUGUCUGUGCACUUGAGAUUAUGACUGUGCAUGAAUGUCAAUGUUAUGUUUGUAAAACACUGUUUUUGUAUCUAAAAGAUGUACCCACAACCAUAAUUAUCUUUUAUUAAAAUAAAGUGGAAAUGACUUGU